UUGACGUAUCACCUGAGCUAGCUUUCAAAUAAACCGGGAAAUAGCUGUUUAUGUCUAUUUUAUUUGGAAAAAAAGUGUGUGGUCUGUCUAGCUGGUGUUCAAAUGAAAUUAAAGCAAAGUUCUCCGGUGAGACUAUACGGUCCUUAGAAGAUGGUAGAAUGCUCCUGAAGACGCCACAAAAUCAUCACUAGCAAAAGACCUUUUCACACAUGUUCGCCUCGCAUCUUGUUAUUAAUGAGUUUGAAUGGAAACCUGUUAAGCCUGAAGGCCAGAUAUAAUCUACGGUAAUUGUAUGUACUUCUUAAUCGAAAAGGACAAUGGCUGACCUGGAAGAAAUCUGCCAACACUUUCAGAAUAAACUCUCAUCCUUACAGUGCAUGCUGGAUUUGUCUGCUGCUGAUUUGCCCCAGCAGAAGAUAAAGAAACUGGGACAAGAAGUAUUGGGACUAGGAAGAAUUCUGGAGGAGUUUGAAAAAUGUGUCAAUCAGCAGAAAGAGCAACUAAAGCAGCUAAAGGAACUUGAGAAGUUAUUUCAAAAUGAUCUGGAGAGUGUUCAGCACAUGAAGGACAACUUUCCCGCACACAUUCCUAAAAGGAAAAGUCCUGUCAAGGACAACAAGCCAGCAGAUGAUCAGCAAGCCCAGGCCGAAAAGACUAAGAAGAUCAGCAGGAACUUAGUGAAAGAGUUGGAUUAUAUCACUAUACAGGAAUAUGAGAGCAUCCCUCAUUACAUGAAAGGACGUGUUUCAUAUGAGCAGCUCAAUGCUGUGGUGGAAGGCAUUAACACUUCUGUAGCAGCCAAGUAUAGGAUCCUCUGUCAGCCACUGAAGGCUCUUAAUAAUCAUUCACGCAAGUUGCAGCAGCUCUUCAAGGACCAGGAAACCAAAGAUACAAAAGGACAGUUUUUUGUCGUGGAGGAGGACAUGCGUGAAUUCACCCAGAUGAAAGUGGACAAACGCUUUCAGGGGAUUCUGAACAUGCUGCGACAUUGUCAGCGUCUCCGUGAGGUCAGAGGGGGCGGACUGGUCCGUUACGUGUUGAUGUGAAAGGACACACUUCCUUCUAGACUUAACACCAUGACAACACUGUAGGCUGUAAUUAUGUAUGUUAUAGUCAGGGAGACUGUUGUGGAUUCUAUUGAGCAUUUGUCACAUUACUUGUGUUAAUGAGACAAAUUUUGUUUUUGAUUUGGAUUGAAUAUUUGCUAAAAUUGCAAAACCUUUGCAGUAUUAAAGCAUUUAUUUUUUCUCUGCUGGGGUCAGUACAGUUUAGUGUCUGUGUACGCUGUAGCUAAAUUAUGUCUUUCAAUGAACCAAUGGGACGCAGUUAACAAGCCUUCAUUUUGUCAGUGACCUUUGAUGUAAAUUGAGAUGAAAAGAAAUCUAUUGAACCAAUAUUUCGCUCCUGUUUCGAACAUGGCUUUUGUUUUCGCUGAAAGUUGUUGUACUCUUAGGAUCACAUUUUUCUGCAAUUCAGGUAUUUACUAGCCAUUGCCUUGCUGUGCAAUUCCACUGGAAAAAUGUUCUCUCUUUCAGCACUAUAUGAAGCAAAGUAUAGCACAAGGGGCUGGGUUUUUACCAGGCUAGGUAUUUACUGACAUAUUCUAAAUAAUAAUUUAACACACACUAGACUGAGACAUGGCAGAGGGGUGAGAAGUCCAGAACUUUGCAGAUAUGUUAUCUUUCCACAAAUAACAGAAGACACGAAGGAAGCACAUGCACCAGCCUUGCCUCGGUGGGACUGCCUCGCUGUGUGAAUGGGUGAAUGACUGAACGCAGUGUGAAGCGCUUUGGGUCCUCUGGACUUAAGUCCAGUCCAUUUACCAUUUCCAAGCAAGUCCAGCUGGAAAACGAAAUCAGCAACCGUAUGAAGCUUGUCAGCAGAAAAAGCAUGAAGUGCUCUAAACUGUCCCAGUAGAUACUGCACUGACUUUGAUCUUAUGUGACCAACCAUGCACAGAUGUUGAUUUUCAUCAGCUGUAAGCCAAAUUAGCAGAAACCAGUUUUUGAAAUACAUCACUGUUGGAAAAAAG